UUUAUUAGCGGCAUACACUGAUCAUGUGUCGUACGUGUAUACGGUAAAGAUGCGGCUUUUAUUCGUAUUAACCAACAUUGUUAACGUCUGCAAAUCCAGUACAAAAUAGUCAACACUUCUCACGCACUCGCAUCUUUGAACGGAAUGUACUCGUUAACUGCAUUUGUCACCCAAAGUACAACAGCGGCGUGAUUGUGUGCGCGGUGAGGUUAAGGAAGAGGUCAUUUACUGUGCAUGUAAUACAAUUAAUAGCGUUAUUAGUUGGCUCGUGACAUGUCUAACGCGAUAAGCGGCAAGAAUCUGUUGCGGCCGAACGGCCUGCAGUCCAAGAAUCUGCAGGAGUAUUUGAAGUCGCGUUCACCGGAUACCUUGAACAAACUGUAUCACAAGCCGCCUAUAUGUCUGGCCGUGUUUCGCGAGCUACCCGUGAUCGCCAAGCAUUACGUGAUGCGGUUGUUGUUCGUUGAGCAACCGGUGCCGCAGGCGGUUAUAGCGUCGUGGUGCUCGAAACUCUACUUCGAGGAACAUCAGAAGGUAGUGCAGAUCUUGAACGAGCUCUACGUGUGGAAAGAGGCGUCCAUACCUGGCGGACUACCGGGUUGGAUCUUGAACAAUACGUUUAAGAAGAAUCUGAAGAUCGUGCUGCUGGGUGGUGGCAAACCGUGGACCAUGUCCAAUCAGCUAGAGACUGAUAGCAAACCGCGAGACGUGGCUUUCCUAGAUUCGUAUGCAUUGGAAAGGUGGGAGUGCGUUUUGCAUUAUAUGGUUGGCUCCCAACAGCAGGAGGGUAUAUCUGCUGAUGCUGUACGUAUCCUCUUACAUGCUGGUUUGAUGAAAAGAGACGAAGCAGAUGGUAGUCCGGUUAUAACACAAGCUGGUUUUCAGUUCCUGCUUCUGGAUACAGCUUCGCAGGUGUGGUACUUUAUCUUGCAAUAUCUGGAUACACUCGAGGCACGUGGUCUUGAUCUAGUCGAGUGCCUUACUUUCCUGUUUCAAUUAAAUUUUUCCACCCUCGGUAAGGAUUACAGCACCGAAGGCAUGUCCGAAGGACUCCUAACAUUUUUACAACACUUACGAGAAUUUGGUCUGGUAUAUCAACGAAAACGCAAAGCAGGGAGGUUUUAUCCUACUCGAUUAGCAUUAAAUAUUGCGACCGGUGAGAAUAAGCCGUUAACUAGAGAUACAGAUAAGGAAGGUUACAUAGUUGUGGAAACGAAUUAUCGAGUGUACGCUUACACAAACUCUAAUUUACAAGUCGCGUUACUCGGACUCUUCUGCGAAAUGCUGUAUAGGUUUCCAAAUUUGGUUGUAUCGAUACUGACGAGAGAUUCCGUAAGACAAGCGUUAAAAAGUGGAAUAACUGCAGUACAAAUAGUGGGUUAUUUACAGCAACAUGCGCAUAGUAAGAUGAUAGAAGCAGGACCACCCGUGUUACCUCCUACCAUUGUAGAUCAAAUCAAACUAUGGGAAAAUGAGAGAAACAGAUUCCUGUUCAGCGAAGGGGUUUUGUACAGUCAAUUUCUUUCGCAAACCGAUUUUGAGGUCCUUAGAGAUCACGCGUUGUCGACUGGGGUAUUAAUUUGGCAGAAUGAAAGAAAGAGGACCAUGGUAGUCACUAAGGCGGCGCAUGACGAUGUGAAGAAGUUCUGGAAGCGAUACUCGAAGGGUUCGGGUUAACAUUCGAUCUUGAACGGAAUCUAAUUGUAAAAAUUCUACACGUGCGCUGUUGCUGUACUUUUUAAAGUAGCAAUAGUGCCAAACGUCAGUUUAAAAACAGGAAGUGCCUAGAAAAAUUGGAAAAUUAGGAGCAUUCUUGAAGUAAUCCUUUUGCUUGUUAUUAAUAAGCUGUUUUUUAAGUCAGUUUAGCUUUUGAUAAUACAUUAAAUGUGAUAUAUUAAUUUAAUGAAGUAAAUUUCUCUAUGUAUUUAAUGCAUUGUGUGUUUCUGUUUCUGCAAGAUAUACAGUGAAGAAAAAACUGUUCGACAAUGCGAUUGUCCACAAUAAAGUCUGUUUUGUACA